GCCCUGACGCUGGCGGUGACGGAAGCGCGCCGGGGGUGACCUCACCUUUCAACAUGGCGGCGGCGGUAGAUUAGGGCCGCGGGUCGAAGCAGCCACCGCCGCUGGGGGACCCUGUCGGAAACGACUGCCGCCGCCGCCUCCCCUUCCGUCUCUUCUUGGGCAAGGGGCCAGGGCCAGGUUUUACACAUCUGUAAGUAGACUUUGGGAGCUCUGCCAGCCAACUCAAUGGCGUCCUCUACUACUGUGCCUCUAGGAUUUCACUAUGAAACAAAGUAUGUUGUUCUCAGCUACUUGGGACUCCUCUCUCAGGAGAAGAUACAAGAGCAACAUCUUUCCUCACCCCAAGGUAUUGUCUUUGGCUCAGCUUCACAACCUCUGGAUCAGGAAGUUUUAUUAAAAGUUAAAACCGAAAUUGAAGAAGAGCUAGAAUCCCUGGACAAAGAAAUUUCUGAAGCAUUCACCAGCACAGGCUUUGACCGUCAUACUUCUCCUGUGUUCAGCCCUGCUAACCCAGAAAGCUCCGUGGAAGACUGCUUGGCUCAUCUUGGGGAAAAGGUCUUACAGGAACUGAAAGAGCCUCUACAAAAGGCGUUGCAAAUGCUCCUCAGCCAGAUGAAGACUGUUUCUUCACUAAAUGGGUCAAAAUUGAGAUGCCAGAUUACUGAUGUAGUAAGGCCAGUGACAUAUCAGGCAUAUCGGGAAUGUACACUGGAGACCACAGUUCAUGCCAGCGGCUGGAAUAAGAUUUUGGUGCCUCUGAUUUUGCUACAACAAAUGCUUUUGGAGUUGACAAGACGUGGUCAAGAGCCUCUGAGCGCAUUGCUACAGUUUGGUGUGACAUAUCUGGAGGACUAUGCAGCAGAGUACAUCAUUCAGCAAGGUGGCUGGGGCACUGUCUUUAACCUUGAAUCAGAGGAGGAGGAAUACCCUGGAAUUGUUGCAGAAGAUAGCAAUGACAUUUAUAUCCUGCCCAGUGACAACUCUGGACAAGUCAGUCCUCCAGAGUCUCCUACUGUGACCACUUCCUGGCAGUCAGAGAGCUUACCUGUUUCACUGUCAGCCAGCCAGAGUUGGCACACAGAAAGCCUCCCAGUGUCCCUAGGUCCUGAGUCCUGGCAGCAGAUUGCAAUGGAUCCUGAAGAAGUCAAAAGCUUAGAUAGCAACGGGGCUGGAGAGAAGAGUGAGAACAACUCUUCUAAUUCUGACAUUGUGCAUGUGGAGAAAGAAGAAAUUCCUGAAGGCGUGGAAGAGGCUGCCGUGGCACCCAUCAUCUUGCCAACCAAGGAGCUGCGGGAGGUGCUCCCCGAAGCACCAGCUCCCUUGCUUCCACAUAUCACUGCCACUUCCUUGCUGGAGAUGAGGGAGCCUGACACAGAAGGGAUGACAGCGGAGAAAGUCAGCCCUGCUACGUCUUUGUUCGUGGAACUUGAAGAAGAGAGCUUAAUGAAGACAAAAGCAGCAAUGGUUGAAUCUGUUGAACGGGAAGCUGAGGGGAUCCCCACCCUGGAACCCACAGCAACACUGCUGAGUGAAGAGGAGCAGCGUGUGAGGAGAGAGGGUCUUCAAGAAGGCCCCUCCCCUGCUGAAGAGAAGGCCAGCCCCCUGUUUGAGGGCAAGUCUAUACUGCUAUUUGGAGGGGCCGCUGCCAUUGCCAUCCUGGCUGUAGCAGUGGGGGUAGCACUGGCUCUGAGAAAGAAAUAGAUUUUUCAGAAAAGAAAGAAGACAUAAAAGAUGUAAGGUUUUAGCUAUACUGACUGAAUUUGAACCACCAACAGCUGAUUUGGACAUUUGUAGAACAUUCUGGGGUAAUGGGGGACUUCUGCUCAACAAGGCAGUGAUGGAUCCGCACAGUAGGGCUUCAGGUGGAGGGCAAUCACGUUUGUCUGACUGUAAGCUCCAAGGGCCUUGACUUCUGCGAAAUUCGGCAUCUUAUGCGUCAAGCACUCCCUCUAGAACAGGGUUUCUCAGCCUUGGCAUUAAUGACAUCGUGAUUAAUUCCUUGUUGUAGGAGGCUGUCCUGUGCGCUGUAGGAUUGUUUAGCAGCGUCCCUAGCCUCUAACCACUAAAUGCAAGUAGCACCCUUCCGCCAGUUGUGAUAACCAGAAAUGUUUCCUGACAUUGCCAAAUGUCCCCUGGGGGCAAAAUUGUUCCCGUGAAGAGCCAUAGCUCUAUAGGGAAACGGUUAAUUUUGGAGAAUCUGGGAUAGAAGUUCCCAGGCAAGAGGGCUUGGUUGUGGGCUCUUCAGCUGCUGAUUUGUUCCUGCCCUUGGAAUUUCAUCUUUCCUGAUGAACAUGCUGUGGUUUUGCAGCCAUUCCUUUGUGGCUCUUCUUUUCUUCCCCACCUUCUUAGUCCUGUAGCGGGAGGGUGCUCUCCCCUUAUGUCUCAGCUGCCUCUCAGGUACUGCACUGCUCCUCUUCACCCCCAGGUUCUUUAUAAGGCCCCAUGGGAGAGUGCUUGCUCCGGGCCCACUAAGUCCCUGAUGCUUCCUACAGCUCCACCUUGUAAAGAUUUUGCCUUUAGUCAUCUUAAAAAAACACAAAUAUAAAAGAGACCUAGGGUUCCCUGCCUGUGAAUGCAAGGGCAAGUAACUGGUUAGAGAGCAGUAUUUGUCUGAUUUACAAGCAGGAUGACUUAGAUGGCCUAUCGAGGUCUCUUCUGGCCCUUUUAUAUAUGGCCACCCUGUGGAGCUUAUGGUUACUUGCUGGCAGCAUCUCUGUUGCUAGAUGGUUACAGUCUAUACUCUGGGCUCUGUGUUUUCCCUUUAUCUGGCCUGUCUUCUUACUGGUCAGCUAGCUUCUCUGUGGUCUCUUGCUGUGUGAUAAAGAUUUUGUACUUGGUCUUACAGACCAAUUGAAUGAUAACUCUUAUUAAAUACAGAAAGUCUCCCUAAAUACUACUGAAAUAAAAAGUAGCAAAAGAGAAGCUUGACUUUCUUGAGGCUACCCUUGAGAUUCUAGUUUGGCUUUCACAGUUCAAGAAUAAGACUUCUUCCCUGAACUCUUUACGGUCCAAAUGCCAGAGUGAUAAACCAAAAUUAUUCUAAUCAGUAUAGUUGAGAAUCAGCAUAACUUUCUUGCAUCUGGCCAAUCCCAUCCCUAAAGGAGGGUGGGACUGUGUCUUUUCAUGCGGGAGGAUCAGUGUCACUAUGCAGGACACACACGCUUGGUACAGGUCAUCUCAGAUUUAUCUUAGUAAAUGUAACAAAUUACUUUUUAGAUCCUGAAAUUUGUAAUAAAAUUACUUUACUAUCCUGAUCACCAAAACUUACGUUUUAAAUGUGCUUUCUUUUUUAAAUUUAUAUUCUAAAAUGAAAUCUCCUUAAAGCAAUAUUAUGUCAAAGUUGGUUGAGGAAAGGUCUGAAGUACGUUUGUCUGUUCAGCUUUAUUAUGCAGUGUGUCUUUUUUUUUUUUUUUUUUUUUUUUAGAUUUUACUGGUUUAUUUGACACACA